AGCCAAGAACCGCCCCAAAAAAUCUGUUUCUAAUUUUACACAAAACCCUUGAAAUUUGGCACACGUUUGAAAAAUGCAUAAAAAAUAAGUCUGACUAAGGUUUGGCCUCUGAAAUCAGACACUGCCUUUUCAAACUCCUUUCUUAGAUCUGCUGACCGACUCACAAAGAGAGAAUUUGCAUUGUUUUGGACUAUAUCUGGAAAAAUGAAGACUCGGCUAAAAGUCAUAUUUGGAGUGAUCAUAUGCCUUGUUCUUUCCUUAUUCAUCAUGGGUAUUAUACUACUUCCAUCAAGAGUUUCCAACCCAGAUGAGAGUCCUAGGGCUCUUACAUUACAGGAUUAUUUGAAUGGAAAUUUUCAGUAUAAAACAUUUUCUCCAUACUGGGUUUCAGGUCAUGAAUAUGUUCAUCAGUCUUCAGAAAAUAAUAUUAUUCUUUACAGCGUUGAUAAUGACUAUUCAACUACGAUUUUGACUAAUAGAACAAUGAAAAAAGUUAAUGCCUCAAAUUAUGCAUUAUCAGCUGACAAACAAUUUAUAGCACUGGAAAGCAAUUAUACAAAGUUUUGGCGAUAUUCUUACACAGCAUCAUACCACAUUUACGAUCCUGUGUAUGGUGAUUUUAUAACAGAAAAUCAGCUUCCACAUAACAUUCAGCACAUAUCCUGGUCACCCGUUGGACACAAAUUGGUGUAUGUGUAUCAGAAUAAUAUCUAUUUGAAACAAAGCCCAAGAGAUCCAGCUAUUAAAAUAACUAGUGAUGGAAAAUAUAAUGAAAUAUUUAAUGGAAUUCCUGACUGGGUCUAUGAAGAGGAAAUGCUUGCAACAAAAUAUGCUCUAUGGUGGUCUCCAAAUGGAAAGUACAUAGCAUAUGUACAAUUUAAUGAUACCAAUAUCCCAAUUAUUGAAUAUUCAUAUUAUGGUGAGGAACAAUACCCUAGAAAAAUCACUAUUCCAUACCCAAAGGCUGGGGCUAAAAAUCCUACCGUUAGAGUGUUUAUUGUAGACACUACUAAUCCUGAAGGUUUAGGUCCUAAGGAAGUACCUGUUCCUGCAAUGAUAGCAUCAAGCGAUCACUAUGUCACUUGGCUUACUUGGGUAACGGAUUAUCGGAUCUGCGUGCAAUGGCUAAGAAGAGUCCAGAAUUUUUCUGUCUUAGCCAUAUGUGACUUCAAAGGAAGUUCAAAUUCCUGGGACUGCCCAGAGAACCAACAGCACAUAGAAGAGAGUCAAACAGGAUGGACUGGUGGAUUUUUUGUUUCAGCACCGCAUUUCACUUCUGACAGCAAUUCGUACUACAAAAUUUUCAGUGACAAGAAUGGUUAUAAACAUAUUCAUUACAUCAAUGGCUCAGUGGAAAAUGCAAUACCGAUUACAAGUGGACAAUGGGAGGCAAUAUACAUUUUCAGAGUAACAGAUGAUGCAGUAUUCUAUUCAAGCAAUGAAUUUGAAGGCUAUCCAGGAAGAAGAAAUAUUUACAAAAUCAACCUUAGAACAAAGCCUCCAAGGAAGCAAUGCAUUACUUGUAAUCUAAGGAAAGAAAGGUGUCAAUAUUAUACAGCAAGAUUCAGUGACAAUGCUAAAUACUAUGCCUUAAUCUGUUAUGGUCCAGGCAUUCCUAUUUCCACUCUUUUUGAGACCCAGUAUGAUAGAGAGCUGAGAAUCAUGGAAGACAAUUCAGAAUUACAGUCUGAGUUGGUAAAUAUCAAAAUGCCAAAAGAGGAAAUUAAUAAACUUGAAGUGGAUGGAAUAACUCUGUGGUACAAGAUGCUUUUCCCCCCCGAGUUUGAUAGCUCUAAGAAGUAUCCUCUGCUAAUUCAGGUGUAUGGAGGCCCUUGCACUCAGGAUGUAAGGUCCACAUUUAGUAUUGACUGGAUAACCUAUCUUGUAAGCAAAGAGGGGAUCAUAGUUGCUCUUGUGGAUGGCCGAGGGACAGCUUAUCAAGGUGACAAGAUGUUACAUGCAGUGUAUCGAAGACUAGGAGUCUACGAAGUUGAAGAUCAAAUCUCAGCAGUGAAGAAAUUUAUAGAAAUGGGUUUUGUUGAUGAAAAAAGAAUAGCAAUAUGGGGCUGGUCAUAUGGUGGAUAUGUAACUUCACUGGCACUUGGAUCUGGCAGUGGAGUAUUUAAAUGUGGAAUAGCAGUGGCUCCUGUCUCCAGCUGGGAAUAUUACGCAUCUAUCUACACAGAGAGAUUUAUGGGUCUUCCAUCAGACAAUCUUGAACACUACAAAAAUUCAACAGUGAUGGUGAGAGCAAAGAAUUUCCAAAAUGUGGAAUAUCUCCUCAUCCACGGAACAGCAGAUGAUAACGUGCAUUUUCAGAACUCAGCACAGAUUGCUAAAGCUCUGGUUGACGCACAGGUGGAUUUCCAGGCAAUGUGGUACACGGAUCAGAACCAUGCAAUACCAGGCCUUUCAAGGAAACAUCUCUAUACCCACAUGACCCACUUCCUCAAACAGUGUUUCUCUCUUCUGGAGUAACCGGAGUGUGCAGCAUAAGGGAUCCUGAAUAUUGCUGGGAGCAUAGAGUGCCUUGAAAGAAUGCAAUGAUAACUCUGGCAAGAUUAAGUCUAUUGUAAAGGUGGAUUAAUAAUUAAGAAUUAAGAUUUUUUUUUUGCCUUUACAUUCAUAAUUACUACUGUAUAUUAGCAGAAAUGCUAAUACAUGUUUUGGCACAAUUAACACCUGUUUGCUAGAAAAAAUAAAAUCAGAAUUUAAAAUA